CCAGCCCUUGAGGCCGGUAUGUUCCAACGCAAUAGGUCCACACCAGUGCAUGCCACUGUCACAAGCUGGAUCUGCAGCGGACGCAGUUGGAGAAUAGCGUCUGGGGUCGCAGUAAAGGGCAGAUUGGACGCCUUGUCCUAAUCUCUGUCGCACCGCUGAAUGGUCUUCCGGCGCUCUAUUUAAGACAUGCCAAUUGAUUCCCUGGAGCUUGCGCACGCGGCCCAUGCGAAUUGCAGAGCGAUGGAGCAUGCGGCACAAGACGCGACGACGAAACAGCUGGCGCCUGGUCGAGGCAGAAGGAGCCCCGCGCGCAGCAGUCAGGAGCGCUAACGGACACGGCAAUCAGGACAACACUGUUCACAGCAGCUCCUUUCCAACACAGCCAUCGACAACGACGCGCCCGCUGCCUUCCCGCCCUGCCCAGCCAGCCCGUAUGAAGCGGCCGCUCGAAGUCAUUGAUUCCAACCAGGAUCCUCUGAAGUCCAAGAGGGCCAGAAUCACCGUCGAGAUAGUGGCAGCGCGCUCGCGCCCGUCCGCGCUCAGCAGCCCGUCGUCCAAACACUCCAUCGCGCGCCUCCCCCCUUCACGACCGCAGCCCAUGCUUCAGCAAACCACGCUUCAUAAUCACUGGCGCCGAAUCGUCCCCCAGUCGACUGUUGCACCACCACCACCACCAACACCACCAGCACAUGAAGCGCCAAAGUCGCCACCAAUACCAAUCCCACGACCUCCACUGCCCAGUCGACCUCUGAACCAUAGGACGCCAAUAACAACAACGACCACCUCGACCCCAAUCGUAGCGCCCACACAUGAAUCGCGACAGCUUCUCCAACAGAGGCCCCUUCCCACCUCGACCAAUCACCCGCCCGAACCGACCUCCAAUACCUCCACCACGGCUUCAAACGCACCGCCAGCCGCCACGAAACCCCAGAAGAAGGUCGUAGAUGGCAUCAAGCACGAGCUGGACAGGUUGCAGCCUAGCGCAGCAGACACCUCGGCCACAGCCCCGACGGGUCGCAAGCUUCGCUCGCAAGAAGCGACCCGGUUCAAGAGCGAGUUGUCGGCAUACUUUCCGGAGUACGAUGAAGUGAUUGGCAAUGACCCAAAAGAGCAGCACCUGCUCAAUGCCGAUACACCCAUUGUGAUCGUCGACUCACGUUUGUCCACAGCCAGGGACACUUCAUCGCGCCACAAUGGCCACGUCCUGCUUGCCGCAGACCAUCCCAUACGCAGCUUCAGUGACAGUCUAUUCACAGACCUGGCCGAAGCCUCGCGGGUAGACUUCGGCUUGAUUGACCACAAGAAACAUGAUGACGGCUGGUCUGACCCCCUGGCCGACUCAUUCUAUUCUCCUUCCCAUCGCAAGGCGGCGCGGCUGGAAAAGAGCAUCAGGAACACGGAGCGAAGUCGCGCACAGCAUGAGAAGGAUCAGAUCGUGCGAAUCUUAGGCGAUCUCCAGGGCCAUGACUGGCUGCGGACCAUGGGAGUAAAUGGUGUAACUGAAACCCGGAAAAAGUCCUUUGAGCCCGCCCGAGAACACUUCAUCAGAGGAUGUCAAGCCAUACUUGGCAAGUUUCGUCACUGGAGUCAAGAGGAGAAGCGGCGGAAACUCGAAAAGGAGCGUGCUUUGGCAGAAGAGGAGGAAGAUGAAGACGACGAGGAAGAGACAUUAAACGAUGAUUCGGAUGUGUCUGAGGUUUCCCACGAUGACAAUGUGCAAGGCUCCGGCGAUGAUGAUGUCGGUCGCCCGCGUUUCAAGCGCGCAGCUGCUCCACGCACCCGAGCACUGCGCAAUGUCGAGAUGAGCGAGGAGCACGACGAGGACGAGGACAAUGACGAAGAGAGCGACGGCGAUCCGCCCGACUCAAGCGACGUGGAUGCAUCCAUAGCACGGCAGCUACGUGAUGAGGCAGCCUUAGCCCGUGAAAAGUACCAGAAGUCACAUCCGACGAAACGGCCUCGCAGCGACUCAUUCGCGCAGUCGUCCGAACAGGAUAGCCCGAGUCGGCGGAGAGACUUCACAUCCUUCUUCCACAAAAGACACCAAAGGGACGCUGCGCUGAACCGCUCCCGAAGACGGGGUCGCAUCGCCGUAGCUUGGGGUCACGAUGUGCCGGAAUUCGACGUGUACGAUUUUGACCUACCAGACGAGCUCAGAGACCCGGAGACGAUGAAAACGCGCGAGAGACAGAAGCGCCGGGCACGGAGGGAGGCGAAACACUAAACUUGUAGCGUGGCUCUGUCGCAAGGACUAAUGUGUCCUUUCAGACAGUCCCUAUUGUAUUUCAAGAUACCCAUGCUUUAUGAUGAUAAAUUGUUGCUUCGAG